AUGGCCGCCAAUCUCCAGCAGCAGAUGGCUGCUGGCCAGAUGAUGGGUCAGCAGAGGCCACAGCAGCGGUUCUCGCCCACCCAAAUAAAUCAGCAGCAGCUCUCCCAGAUUGUGGUACAAAACCUGAUGGCAAACCCCAACCAUCCUCCAGGUUGGCAGGCGUCGGUUGGAAUACCCGAGCGCAUGGGAAAAGCCAUCAACCUAAUCUCCAACGCCAUACUCGCCACACCGGGCCAAGACUGGCAAAGAGCUGCACACUUCGGCCUGGAAUUUGAGCGAAAAAUGUUCAACGAGAUGCCCGACAAGGCGACGUGGGAAAAGCAGAUGAACGCGAAGACACACGAGAUGUUUACGAAACGACAAUCUAACGAGGCUGGCAUUGCCCAGAACCUGCAGAACAACCUCCAGGCUCAAGCCGCGGCCCAAGCACACGCACAAGCACAGGCCGUACAGCAACAACAACAACAGUUGUUUCUGAACCAGAAUGCGGCUCUGCAGGGGCAGAUGGGCGGGCCGAUGGGGCAGCCGAUGCAGCGUGGACUGCAACACCUCCAACAACCUAUGCAGGCGUCACCUAUACCACAGCAGCCUCAACUCCUAGGAAUGAACAUGGCGAACCAGGGCAUGCGAGUUAUGCCGGGACAAAACAACAUGCAGAUGCCUGCCAACCAGAUGAGGCCCAACGGCCCCGGGAAUUUCGAUCUGGGCCAGCUCUCCGCGGCGGAUCGACAAAAGGUCGAGGAGUUCGCAAUGCGCCUCUACAACAGCGCCGACGACGGCCAGAAGCAACAGCUGAUGCUUUCACUUCAAAGCAAAUUGGCACCGCAACAGAUGGCGAACAUCCGGGCGUCCGGCAAGGACCCUCUGAUGUGGUAUUUUUGUCAACAGGCCUACUCUUCACUGAAGAAUCAGGCUCAAGCUAUGCGCAAUAGGCAACAAGCAUUGAACCCGGCUCAGCAAGCUAUGCAGCUCCAGCAGCAGCAGCAGCAGCAGCAGCAGCAGAUCCAGAGGGCAAUGAACCCUCAGAUGAUGAAUGCAGUAGCGCAGCAGGGUGGCGGCCAGGUCACUCAGUUCUCCGGCUUCGAGAGCAUCAUGAAUGAGCAGAAGCAGGGCAUCAUGGCUCAGCAAGCUGGCCAGGUGGUUGUCCCGGCUAACGAGCAGCAACCCGGCCGCAAUCCUACGCCCCAGCCGAUGCACAACAUGGCGAACAAUCAGCAGACCCCGAAUCAACCCCAGCGAACGCAGCAGAUGCAACAGGCCUUCAAUGUCCAGAACCAAAACGCCCAGAUGCGCGCCCAGGCGGCGGCUAAGCAAUUGCAAGGACAGCCUGGAGGACUUGGUGGGCCCAUGCCCGCCUCCCAGAGUCCGGCCAUGAACACGCUCAAUGCCCCCGUACGCCGUCCUCCUGUCCCAAUGAGCCAGGCAGACGGGCAACAGCAGGUUCAGGGAGCCCCUCAAUUCAACCAGCCUCUUGACCCUCGCUUUGCCCGGCUGAACCAAGGACCCAUCUCGAUGCCUGGCAAUAUGAACUCAAACCCCGCUAUCAACAGCCUCAUGGCCAAUAUGUCGAAUGAAGAGCGCCAGAAAUUCGCGGGGAUGCCACCGGAGAAGCUGAAUGAGCUGAUGGCGAAAUGGCAGCAACGACAGCAAGCUGGCAACAAGAAUCAAGCUAUGACGGCCCGCCCUGAUCAACCCCAGCCUGGCCAGUUCAAUCAAAUGAGCGGGGUCAACCCGGCCAACAUGAUGAACCUGGGCCAACAGCCGAAUGUCGCCGCCGUCCAGAACACGCCACAGAACCUGAUGCAAGCACAGCUUCAGAGAACACGGAUGCCCAACAUGGCCCCGGUGUCCAGCCAACAGCAGAUGGUUAUGGAUACCUUGGAGAUUCCAGCGCAAAUCAUCGAUCAAUUCCCGGGUAACCUGCCGCAAGAGGUCAAGAAGUGGAAGGACCUCAAAGCUUGGAUACAACAAAAUCCCGUCCCCGACCAAAUAAGGGAACAACUGGGUGGCUUACAGAUGAUGCAAUUCAAGCAGAUAUUGGAUAACCGAAACAAGCAAAGACUUGCACAACAAGCUGGAGCACAGCAACCCCCCGCCGUUCCUCCGAACCGACCCCAGAACAUGCCUGGCGGGUUACCGCGAGGCCUUCCUCCCACUAUGAUGCAAGUCUCGCAACAAGAGAUCGCCACUGCAAGAGCGAACAACAGCCAAGUCUUUGGCAAUCUUCCCGACGAAACUAUACGGAGACACAUCAUCAAAUGGAGGACAGACCAGUUCAUGAAGUCGCUCCAGGCCAACGGUGGGGGUCAGAUGCCUGCUGGCCAAAUGCAACCGGGCUUGUCACAACAGCUGCAGCAACCACAGGUGGCUCAGCCAAACCACGCUGCGGCCCAGCCAACCCCGGUCCAGACAGAUGGCCCCCCCGCUGCGCAGCCUGUAGCCCCGGGUGGCCAGCCGAAGCAGGCUCCCGGCGCGCCAUCUACUGCCGCCUCCGAUUCUGGGAAAGCUGCCGCGCAGCAGAACCGGCCGGCAGCAGCCAAUUCCGCACCCGGCGCUGCAGCAAACAGUCGCAAACGGCCAGUCGCUGAGGAAGCCCCACAGGCGCCUGUCCAGCCAGCGCCGACCGCACAAAAGACGACGCCUCAGCAGCCGCCGGCCAAACAGCGGACCGGCCCUCAACAGCUCUCAAAGGAGCAGAUUGCGAAGCUCACUCCUGAACAGAGAGCGAGAUACGAGGCAAUGAUGCGCAAUCGCCAGCAAGCAGCCGCAGCCGCGCCACCGGAGCUGAUGAACCGCCUCAAAGGGAUGGGUGUCGAGGAGAACAGGGCUUUCGUGCAAGACAACCACCCAGAUAUCGCGAUGACUCCACAAGAAAAGGCAGAAGUUGGCCAGAAGAUCAAGCAGCUUGUCGAGACCAUUGUCAAGGUUGGCAGAACACUCGGUCGAUGGUAUACGCUGAUCCGGGACGACAAAAGGGCCAGAAUGUUCUUCAGGACUCGAUUCCGCCUCGUAUCACAGUUCUCGGACGCCGACAAGAUGCAGGUGCUCAAGGACACGUUUUCCAUCAGUGCUGCAGAACUGGACCAGGCCAAGACUGUGCUUGACGGUAUGUUGAAGGAGGUGGAACACCACCUCCUGAACCAGCAACAACAAGCCGCGCAACCCGUUGGCCAGCAGCCCGUUGUCACACAUUCCCAAACGGCCAACGAAGCCAAUGCGGAUGAUGUGUCAAAGACCGCAAACAAGGCCCACAACAGGUCGAAUAGUAAGAGCGGACCUCCUGCGGCUCCCACGUCAUCUCAGCCGCCCUUCCCCUUGCAUGCUGCCUCACCACACGGGCAGCCUGCUUAUAUAGGCAAGCCAGCUGUAACUCAAGAGACGCUCAUCUUGCCCCCGGGCAAGCGGCGCAAGACAUCAACCGCGGCGACGGCUCAAGCGAACACGGCGUCUCCGCAGACGAAACCGCCAUCACCCGAGAUCAAGAGACAGCCCCCCGCUGCCGAAGCCCGCGCGCCACAGAAGCCGACCCUUCCGUGCGGCGAGCCCGGCUGCGAUAACAGCUCCGGGUUCACGUCUGAGGAAGCUCGGCAGAGGCACAUACAAGAAGAGCACAUCAAGCCUUAUGAGGAUCCUUCCCAAUUCUUGCUUGACAGCCUCGCCGUUACUCUUGGCGUGGACUCGCAAGGGCGGGCUCUGAUCAACACAUCACAGACUCCUUUGAUGGAGCAAGGCCAAUCAAGUCAAGGCCAGGCCCCCUCUCUCAAGCAAGAAGCAGCCACCCCCAUGGCGCGAGCCGCGUCCAUGAAUCGGCAGGGAAGCACAGCAGGCAGCAAGGGCCCGGAAGCCACGAAGAAUAUGCCAGUAUCGAGUAUGGGAACUGUGCAAGGAGCCGCCCCAAGCUUCGCCGAUUCCAUACACGUAUCUCAGUCGGAUGAGCAGGCGACAAAUCUGGCAUGGCAACAGUCGAUGGCUCUGGUGAACCCUAGCGACUUGAUGCUUACCUUUGGCUCCGCGGAGCCAGCUGCUGGGGGUGCAAUCACCGACAUGCGUCUCUUCCGAUCUUGGACACCGAACGAUACGCCGGAAUCGAGCAAAGACAGUGGCACAUCCGAACCGAACAGCGACAUCUCAGAGGGUGCCAAUGUCGACAUUGACAUCAGCUGGCACCCAAUGGAUGCCGACAUCCUGUUGAACAUGGAAGCCUUCAAGAUGGAUUCCGAGAACCUGGACAUGAUGGGGUCGGCCGAGCUUGAGCCCCUUCCCCAUUUCAAUAUCGACUGGGACAAGAUGAAGCAAAACUUCGACGAGCCUCUCACGCUAGACAUGAGUCUCUAUUCUAUGGACGGCUCAUGA